UCCUCGCGUGACAGAUUGUCCAACACUACAAGUCGCAAUCAUAUGCGAAUUCUUACGAAAUUGUGGAAUGCACUCCUCUUCAGCCUCGUAGCCUUCUCGACUCGGCCGCUUUCAAAAGCCUAGUUCAUCGUACCAUCAGACUGCUGUACAAAUCUAACAACGUUAAUAUUGUUACUGAAGUUAUGGAAGGCCCGAUAUUUGGCAAGCCACUUAUAUCCCGUGCUGCACGGGGUUGAUGCUAUGUGCAUGCUGUGCUUCCCUCUAUCAAUCCUUCAAAGCUUUACAGGUACAGCAGGUGCUUCAUGACCAGUGUUCGUUUGAAUACAUCCCUCAGCCAUCAUUUUCAUAAUGGCUCAUUGUCAACGUGUCUCUUCAACCUCAUCAGAAUCAGACUUUUCUCCAGCGUCGUCGCUUAGAACUUCCCCAUCGCAAAAACAAGACAAUGAGGAGCCGAACCACCCAGACCACUGGCAGGACCCGGCAGAGAUGCACCCCAGUGGAGUGCAACCAAUCAUCACUGCCAUUCGCGCGACUGAUCUCACUCUUGGCCUCCGACGGAUACCCGCUGGCUUCCACGCAGUGAUCAAGGCCGACGGCGUUGAAUACCAGACAAGCAAUAUAUCUGUAAACGUAGACCAGGCUGUCGUCGAAUGGCACGAGCGCAUUCCUCUGCCGCGCGAGCCAUGUUCUAAAGUCCGGGUCAGCGUGUAUGCCUCAUUCGAAUUGGGUCCCAUGCUCUGUCACGAUGAACUCCUCCUCACGUUCGAGAUCUCGGUCGGAGAAUUACUGUAUCUCAGCGAAAAAUCGAAUUCCAAAGAGUUACUGAGCGAAGUCAUCAAUGUCUGCCACGCCAACAGCCACAUUCACAGACCGGCUGCGAUUGCAAUGGAAAUAUGCGCUCUACAUUCUGCUAGAAGCAUUGAUGCAAAUGAUCUCGGGCAGGAGUGGGACGCCUCAUCCAUGCUUCCGUUAUCGCUGAAUCAACUUGUUGUUCAAGCACAGUGGUGUUUGGAGAGAGAUGAACCUAGUGCCUUAGAUGAAGUGAUAUCUCUUCAUUAUGAUGCACUGGGAUACUACAACGCCGGGCAUGAUUGCCGAGGGCAAUUGCUUGGUAAUCUAGCUGUAGUGCUACAAACUCGCUUCGAGCGUCGAGGCAAUGACAGAGACUUGGAUCAAGCUAUCGCACUUCAGCAGGAAGCGCUGGCUUUGCACCUGGUCGGUCACACAGAUAGGUCCAUCUCAUUAAACAACCUCGCGAAUCAACUCUUCUCCCGCUUUGACCACCGAGGCAACGGCGAAGACUUGGAUCAGGCUAUCGCACUUCACAGGGAAGCACUGGCUUUGCGCCCGGUCGGUCACACAAAUCGGUCCAUGACAUUAAACAACCUCGCGACUCAACUCUCCUCCCGCUUUGGCCACCGAGGCAAUGGCGAAGACUUGGAUCUGGCUAUCACACUUAACAAGGAAGCGCUGGAUUUGUGCCCGGUCGGUCACACAGAUCGGUCCAUUCUAUUAAAUAACCUCGCAAAUCGACUCUCCUCCCGCUUUGACCACCGAGGCAACGGCGAAGACUUGGAUCAGGCUAUCGCACUUAACAUGGAAGCGCUGGCUUUCCGCCCAGUCGGUUACACAAAUCGGUCUGGGUCAUUAAACAACCUCGCGAAUCAACUCUCCUCCCGCUUUGACCACCGAGGCAACGGCGCAGACCUGGAUCAGGCUAUCGCACUUCACAAGGAAGCGCUGGCUUUGUGCCCGGUCGGUCACACAGGUCGGUCCAUGUCAUUAAAUAACCUCGCGAAUCAACUUUCCUCCCGCUUUCACCACCGAGGCAACGGUGAAGACUUGGAUCAGGCUAUCGCACUUAAUAGGGAAGCGCUGGCUUUGUGCCCGGUCGGUCACACAUAUCGGUCCAUGUCAUUAAACAACCUCGCGAAUGGACUCUCUUCCCGUUUUGACCAACAACACGACAGAGAAGACCUAGAUGAGUCGCGAGAGAACCUACUCUGCGCAUUGACGUUGUUGACGCAGCAUGAUCCUCGUCGACUGAUAGUCCAUCAAUCUAUAUCUAACGUCUAUCUAUCAUUCCAUCGUUCAGAGCUUCACGACACCGGCCCUGGCGAAAAUACAGAUAGUCUGAAUGCUGCCAUGCAUCAUUUUAAGGCAGCAACAAAUAUUGUCUCUGCAGGCUUCCUCUCCCGCCUGCGGGCAAGUCUAAGUUGGGUGCGCCAUGCUAGUCAACAUUCACAUGGUACUCAACUGGAGGCUUAUGCGACUUCUAUGCUACUUCUGGACGCUUAUAUGUCUGCGACAGCCUCAGUAUCAUCUCGUCAUAAUACCAUGAAGGAAUUCCCAAAUACACUCGCCGUGGAUGCUGCAUCGUGUGCUCUUCGUAGCGGUGACAUAGGUCGCGCUAUUGAGUUGUUGGAGCAAGGCAGGACCAUCAUCUGGACCCAGAUGACUCGACUCCGCACGCCUCUUGACAGGCUCCAGACUUGCGGCGAUCAUGCAGUGACUCUGAUGAAGAAAUUCGCAGACCUUAGCUCCCUCCUCGAUAAAUCUCCAAGCCAUCCAGAAGGGACCCAAAGAAUCGAUGUGGAAGCAGAAGCCACCCGGUACAGACGUCUAGUGGAGGACUGGAAUGGAACUGUAGAAGAGAUCAGGAAGAUCGAGGGCUUCUCUAGCUUCCUGCUUCCCCCUUUGUUCUCUGAUCUUCAAGCUGCAGCUCGUGAUGGGCCCAUCAUCAUACUCAUCGCAAGUGAAUCGUCUUGCGAUGCCAUUAUUAUCCCGCACAAGCAACCUCCCACCAGCAUUCAACUCCCUAUCGAUAUUCAGAAACUCGUCAAAUUGAUAAACACAUUUCCAGAGGCAGUUGAAAAAGAGACCGGGCAACAACAAGCACUAAUGAAAGCUUUGAACGAGUUGUGGAACAAUGUCGUUGGCCCAGUGGUCGAGAAAUUGGGCGGAUUGGUACGACUAGGUUCCCGAAUAUGGUGGUGCCCUACAUUCCUCUUCAAUUUCUUACCGUUGCAUGCUGCUCGCGAGUACAGAAAUGGGGGAAAGUCUCUUUCGCAGCUGUAUAUAUCUUCAUACACCCCAUCUCUCACCGCGCUGAUCAAGGCUCGCGCAAGUCGUGACAGACCCACGUCGGUGCCCUUCGUCGCCAUCGGUCAGAAUUGCCCAGCCGGUGCCUCUUUCACUUUGGAUGCUGUAGAGCCUGAGCUGGAAUUGGUGCGGAAACUUUUGCCUCCUCCCCCGACUGUCUCCUUCUCCAAGAUAACCAGCGUUGAUGCCACGAAAUCGAGAGCACUGUGCGCAUUGCGAGAGAAUACUUGGUUCCAUCUCGCGUGUCAUGGGACGCAGGGAUUUGACGAACCCUUUCAGUCGGCCUUUCUUAUGCGCGACCAGCCUCUUUCGCUCCUUGAUAUUGCACAAACGGAUCUGUCUCGGCAUCAUUUUGCCUUUCUUUCUGCCUGUGAAACCGCGGUCGGUGACUUCAAUACGCCCGACGAAGCGAUACACCUAGCGGCCGGCCUGCAAUUUGCUGGGGUUAGGAGUGUCAUCGGGACUUUGAGACUGUAUAGCUACACAAUUUGUACACCCAAUUGAAUCUCGUAUUUUCCAGUUUGUUG